AUGGGAUUCAUAGUGGGACUUGUAUUCGGACUCGUCGUCGGAAUCACAAUCAUCAUCGGCUUCGUCAAGGCCGAGAAUUAUCGAUCCAAGCUUCGCUCUGAACUCGCGAAUACAGUGGCUGCUUUCGCGAGGAUGACGGUGGAGGAUUCGAGGAAGCUUUUGCCUCCUGAGUUUUAUCCUUCUUGGGUCUUGACGUGGCUGAACCAUCACUUGACGAAGAUCUGGCCUUAUGUUGACGAGGCAGCUUCGGAGCUUAUAAGGGCAUCCGUGGAGCCUGUUCUCGAGCAGUAUAGACCUGCCGUUGUCGCCUCUUUAACAUUUUCUAAGCUUACUCUUGGUACCGUGGCGCCUCAGUUUACAGGUGUUUCCAUUGUCGACGGUGAUAAAAAUGGGAUGACCAUGGAACUUGAUAUGAAUUGGGAUGGAAAUCCAAACAUAGUACUUGGCAUCAAGACCUUAGUUGGUGUAUCUCUUCCAGUUCAGGUGAAAAAUAUUGGAUUCACGGGUGUUUUCAGGCUGAUUUUUAGGCCACUCGUUGAUGAAUUUCCUUGCUUUGGAGCUGUCAGUGUUUCUCUCAGAGAAAAGAAAAAAUUGGACUUCACCCUUAAGGUCGUUGGAGGUGACAUUUCAUCAAUUCCUGGACUUUCUGAUGCUAUUGAGGAAACAAUACGGGAUGCCGUGGAGGAUUCAAUCACAUGGCCUGUGCGGAAGGUCAUACCGAUUUUGCCUGGUGACUAUAGUGAUCUGGAGCUAAAGCCUGUUGGAAUGUUGGAGGUGAAGCUUGUGCAAGCGAAGAACUUGACCAACAAAGAUCUAGUGGGAAAAUCAGACCCCUUUGCUAAAAUGUUUAUACGCCCUUUGCGAGAGAAGACUCAAAGAAGCAAGACAAUCAACAAUGAUCUGAAUCCCAUCUGGAAUGAGCAUUUUGAGUUUGUUGUGGAAGACGCAUCAACUCAACAUUUGGUGGUUAGAAUAUAUGAUGACGAGGGUGUACAGGCAUCUGAGCUUAUUGGUUGUGCCCAAAUCCGGCUUUGUGAACUUGAACCUGGUAAAGUGAAAGACGUCUGGUUGAAGCUCGUCAAAGAUUUAGAGAUCCAAAGAGAUAACAAGAACCGUGGAGAGGUUCACCUUGAGCUACUAUAUGUCCCAUUCGGUACGGGAAACAGCGUAAAUCCCUUUACCAAUUCAUCGAUGACUUCCUUAGAAAAGGUGCUCAAGAAUGAUGCAACAGACGAAGUAAAUGCCUCAUCUCGUAAAAGAAAAGAUGUCAUCGUAAGAGGAGUGCUCUCUGUGACUGUGAUAUCUGCAGAAGAGAUACCCAUACAAGAUCUGAUGGGGAAAGCUGAUCCAUUUGUCGUUCUCUCCAUGAAGAAAUCAGGUGCUAAGAGCAAAACUCGGGUAAGAUCUCUCUUAUAUAAGGAGUUACUGAUGUUUCAUCCUCUUUCGUGUCUAACUAACUAUAAUUUUGUUGUGUCACCAGGUUGUCAAUGACAGCUUAAACCCGGUUUGGAACCAGACUUUUGAUUUUGUAGUUGAAGACGGGUUACACGAUAUGCUAGUCCUUGAAGUUUGGGACCAUGACACCUUUGGAAAGGACUACAUUGGUAGAUGCAUCUUGACAUUGACGAGGGUUAUAAUGGAAGAGGAAUACACAGACUGGUUCCAAUUAGACGAAUCCAAAGCGGGAAAGCUUCAGCUGCAUCUCAAGUGGAUGGCUCAGUCAAUUUAUCGUGAUUCCUAAGUAUGUUUACUCAGAUACUUAUUUGGAGGAUUUUCAACUUCGAGUGUACAUUAUGUUUAGUAGCCUCAAACGUAUUUACUCUGUCAAACAGAGACGGGUCUGCAUGUAGCUCAGAAAGCUAAAGACUUGGAAAUGAGUUCCCCUGUUUUGUGAAAACCCUAGUUAAUAAUACUUUCUGUUACUUGCAGUAUAAGAGAACAAGAAACAUUCAUUUCCAAGCUCGAAUAUUAUCAUAAGAGUUUUUCUAAAGCUUAAAUUAAUAUAUUUCUACGUUUUUCC